AUGCCUAAUGAUGCGAUAAAUGUGAAAAGGGAAAAUGCGGGAGAUGAAUCAGGCCUAGAUGCAAAUUCAGACGCGUCCCCACAAGAUUUACGUGGAGAGUUGGAUGAUGAUAAUACAAAAUCACCUGAAUCCGAUUCCGUCAAAUUCCAUUUACCAAAGCAGUUUCCACUUCAAAGAUCCAUUCGUACCAAACUUUCCUCUGUGGGGUUGUACGAGCUGGAAAAGUCCAAGGACUCCAUAAUUAAUAAAUACGUGGAACGCGCAAAGGAAAUUGUAACGGCGUACAUCGGAACCGUUCUAGAAGAAAAUGCAGAAAAGCUUAUGGACCAUGUAAUAACAAGAAAGGAGUUUGAAGAGGAGCGUCACAACAUGUACAGGAAAGAUCCAAACAUUGAAAAGAUUAGAAAGCAUAUGCAGAAGAUUAGAGACAUAUCACUUAAGUCAGCUAUAUUUACCCAAGCUCUGGAUAGCGUUAAAAGUAAAGUGAUUGAGGCAAACGAGCCUGAAUUCUCACCGGAAAGCCUUGACAGCUUUAGAAACUAUAAGAGAAUAUUGCUUCCAGAUCUAUUAGAACAGAAUUUAGAACAUCUUCAAGGACAAAAUAACCAAGACGCUAGUCUGCAAAGGCAGGCCUACCAGAAAUAUAAAGAUUUUGAGAAGUACAUCUUUGUUACCAUCAAUCCUGAACAACCAAUUCCAUUUUCCGAUGAUGAUGACGAUAUUUCAGGCACCGAUGAUGAACUUGCUGUUGAGGGUGGAAAAGUUAGUUUACUCUGCCCAAUAUCCCAUUAUUUGAUUGAAACUCCCGUGAUGAGUCGGAGAUGUGGACACACAUACGAUAAGGCAUCAGUUCUCAAUUACCUCAAAAAUUCGGCUGAAUGCCCAGUGUGCCCUAAGGCACUAAGCUAUACGGAUUUGGUCAAAGACCCGGUGAUGUUACAGAGAUUGACAUGCUACAAAAGGGACAAAAAGAUUUUCAAGGAGAGGAAUAUAAAGGAGAAGGAGAUCGAGGAUAAGCUAUGA